UACCGGCAAAGAUGGCUGCGCACAUGAGAUUUCAUCACUUCAAAAUCUUUGCGGAAAAUGGAUGGAAGUUCACUCAGAAAAUGGUCAAUAAUUUGCAGUUUCAAUUAUUUGCAUUCAAGAAAGUAAAUGAUUUUAACCAUUGGGUUAUAAGAAAUGGCACAGCUAUUUUUGUUGUUACAGAACAUCCUAGGCCUAGCCAGGUUCAAGGGGCAGGCGGUGACGGGCUGCCCUGCCUUUUUAGUACUGGCCCCUCAUCUCAAGUUCGUUGCGAAGGCAGCUUCACAAUAAAUAAUAAUAGUGACCUAUUAAAAGACACAAGACCAGUUUUAAGGUAUAACCAGCGUAGUUCUAUACCUCCUUCAUGUAACAGUGACAAGUUUGUUUAUUCUGCAAGUUCAGGUAAAAAUAUAAUAAACAAUUUUAGAAACCAGUCGUGUAAUAAUAUAAAUAAUUCAAAUUAUUCUUCUUGGAAAUUUCGAGGAGAAUCACAAUUACUGAAAACCCAACAUGAAGGAUGUAAGAGCAAAUCAUCUCACUGUAGUAGGAGGCCUGCAUCUAAACAGAUGAAUUGUCGUCAUUUAGAAAACACAGAAACCGUUGACAUGACCUCAGCACAUAUACAAGAAAAUAACUUUACAGACUACCAUGAAAUUGGUCUUGGAACACACAAAUUAGUUGGUGAAGAUAAACAGCAUAUUGACUCUGUUUUCGAUGUAGCAUUUCAUGUUCAGAAUGUUGAAAAAUCAUUUGAAAAAGCGGUCGAUGGCGGUGCACAGCCUGUUUGUGAACCCACAAUGAUUGAGGAUGAGCAAGGUGUUGUUGCUAUAGCCUCCGUUCGUUCUUGCGUUGGUGACGUUGUACACACGCUUUUAAAUACUAAAAACUACAAAGGCAUAUUCCUUCCUGGAUUUUCUGAGCAUGUUCAAUAUUCCCAUCAGGAGGAUGAUCAUGCAGUUAGAAGAAUAGGUCAAAAUGUGCAGGUACAUUUUGAUCAUGUGACUUAUGCUUGUCCAAUUGGUGGUACAGAGAAAAUACUUCAAUGGUAUGAGAACUGCUUUGGAAUGAAAAGGUUGAAGAUUAACAGUAACGAAGAUGAUGAAGAAGGGUUUGUAGUACGAGGCGACGAUGUCGGAAUGAGGUUGAAAGCGAUGGAAUAUUGGCGUUGUAAUGAGACUGGUUUUGUGGCAGCAGAUCAAGACCGUGACCUGCCAAUCAAUUUUGUUGUGGCAGAAGCGUUACCUGGACAUGGUAGGAAUCAAAUUGAGACAUUUCUCAGGGAACACAAUGGUCCUGGCAUUCAACAUAUUGGUCUCCAUACACCAGACUUAGUACACACUGCAGGAACUCUUCAACAGUCUGGAGUGGAGUUCAUCCAACCACCAGAAGCCUAUUACACACAGGUUGGUAAACUUGAUGAAAUUCUAGAAACAGGUCAAGAGGUUGAAACUCUACAAAAACAUGGAAUUCUAUUGGAUGCUGAAGCUGAUGCAAUACAACCAUAUAUGGAAGAAAUUUCCACAAACCAAAGAUACCUCAUGCAAGUUUUCACAAAGCCACUCUUCAAAGAAGAUACAUUUUUCUUGGAGUACAUUCAACGCUGUGGUGCUACUGGUUUUGGCGCUGGGAAUAUAACUGCCCUCUGGAGGUCUGUUCAACAGUACAUGGAUUCACCCUCUGCUGAUAAUCUCUAGUAGCAUCAAUUUUACUAACUGAAAUUUAAUGCAUAAAUUAUGAUAAAUCUUCUAUGCUGUAUUAAGCCCAACUCGGACAGCGUCGCACGACACAGCCUGACACAAUUCGUUGUCGAGUACAGUCUUAAGCCAGUGCGAGAAAUAUUAAACAUGUUUAAAUAUUCUAUGACGCGACAGCCCCCGAUGCCAACCAUCGCGGCUGCAUUUAAUUCGCACAGACUAGACAACAAAUCGCAUCGGGCUGCGUUGUACGAUGCCGAGUUGGCUUUUAUUUAUGUAGUUUGUGUUAUUAAUAGAUAUUGAAUAUAUUUUAUUUUGUUUUUUAUAUAUUUUUAGACUUCUUUUACAUGUAACAGCAAAUACAGUUCAACUUCAACUUUCAACUUUAAUUUAUUUAACUUGGUUCAAACAUACAAUUCAACAGUACUGUAUCAACUAGAAAUACAAGAUAGAGUUCUCCACAGAAUGAAAUGCAUGGUGGGAAUACAAACAAUGGGGUGCAGCAUACAGCUAGAUCUAAAAAACCUCUGCCUCUUUUGGCGGAGGUAGAAAUCGUUGCCAUUUUCCAUAAGAUACAAACAAUAGGCAUAAAUGAAUCAAAAGUAUAAAAUAAGACACAAAAUUGCAGAAUCAUAUAACCGGACUCUGACUAGUGAUAGUUUCCAUCAUUAGUGGAAAGAGAAGGGUGCCGUGUAUGUCUGGAUUUGCUUAGCAACAGAAGGGCACCCUGUACGUCUGGAUGUGAACUGGAUAAGCGUGUGUAAAUUUGCUAUAUUGAAAACUGAAGGGUGCUGCUUACAACUGGAAUUGCAUAGAAGAUGUGACGUAUAUCUGCCUCACUUUUGCUAUGCGAGUGCUCUAUCUUGUAUUUCUAGUAUCUUUGGCGAUACUCUAUAAAAUAAUGCACUAAUCACACUGUCAUUUUUUAUUUGACAAAUACCUGGGUUUUACGCAUGUAAGGGCAGGAUAAUGUCAUUUUGUCACCCCAUGAUCAUGUUACAUACAAGUAUAUAGUGUGGACAGAUCACAAGUUUAAUUACUAUAUAUAAUACAUAUAGAUUAAAAUGUAAAAUAUUGGAAGACAGUAAUUUUGUUAAAAACAAUGGCUGGAUCUCAGUAGAGAUGCAAACAUAUGUAAACAGCCAGAAAUAGAACAGAUCUUUUAAACAAGUCUUUCCUCAGUGGCAAUUGAGUGAGGGUAGAAAAAUCCAGAUACAGUAGGAAAUAGUUGGAAGUCAGGCUAGAAUGUUUUUUUUCUUCUAACUUAUUUUAUAUUUAAAAUGUUUAAAUUUGUAUGUUUAAUAUUAUUAUAGUAGGCCUCAUUAUAUUUUAUUGAUGCUGUAGAUUAAGUACAGGUGUAUGUUUGUUGUCAUUUUUAAAGAAGGCCCUGGAUAUCAGCUGGGUUACGGGUUCAGUUGGAAGGGUUACCCUCUUAAAAUAAAA